AGUGAGGGGAAGAUGGCGGACGCAACUGUCGUGGUUCCCGUAGAGUGGAUAAAGAACUGGGAGAAAUCAGGGAGAGGCGAAUUUUUGCAUUUAUGCCGGAUCCUCAGUGAAAAUAAAAGCCAUGAUAGUUCGACUUAUAGAGAUUUCCAGCAAGCUCUUUAUGAGUUAUCAUACCAUGUCAUUAAAGGAAAUCUAAAGCAUGAACAGGCAUCUAAUGUUCUUAAUGACAUUAGUGAAUUUCGUGAGGAUAUGCCCUCCAUUCUUGCUGACGUAUUCUGCAUAUUAGAUAUUGAGACAAAUUGUUUAGAAGAAAAAAGCAAGAGAGACUAUUUUACACAAUUGGUAUUAGCAUGUUUGUAUUUAGUUUCAGACACAGUUCUAAAGGAACGCUUGGAUCCAGAAACAUUGGAAUCGUUAGGGCUUAUCAAACAAUCACAGCAAUUCAAUCAAAAGUCAGUUAAAAUCAAGACAAAACUCUUUUAUAAGCAGCAAAAAUUUAAUUUGUUAAGAGAAGAAAAUGAAGGUUAUGCCAAGCUGAUUGCUGAAUUGGGGCAAGAUUUAUCUGGAAAUAUUACCAGUGAUUUAAUCUUAGAAAAUAUCAAAUCUUUAAUAGGAUGCUUUAAUCUGGAUCCCAAUAGAGUUCUGGAUGUCAUUUUAGAAGUGUUUGAAUGCAGGCCAGAACACGAUGACUUCUUUAUAUCUUUAUUAGAAUCUUACAUGAGUAUGUGUGAACCGCAAACACUGUGUCAUAUUCUUGGGUUCAAAUUCAAGUUUUACCAGGAACCAAAUGGAGAGACUCCUUCAUCUUUGUACAGAGUUGCAGCAGUACUUCUACAAUUUAAUCUUAUUGAUUUAGAUGAUCUUUAUGUACAUCUUCUUCCAGCUGAUAAUUGCAUUAUGGAUGAACACAAACGAGAAAUUGUAGAAGCUAAGCAGAUUGUUAGAAAACUUACAAUGGUUGUACUGUCUUCCGAUAAAAUUGACGAACGAGAGAAAGAAAAGGAAAAAGAAGAGGAGAAAGUGGAGAAGCCACCUGACAACCAAAAACUUGGUUUGUUGGAAGCCUUGUUAAAGAUUGGUGAUUGGCAGCAUGCACAGAACAUUAUGGAUCAGAUGCCUCCAUACUAUGCAGCUUCACAUAAACUAAUAGCCCUUGCUAUUUGCAAGCUUAUUCAUAUAACUAUUGAGCCUCUCUACCGAAGAGUUGGCGUUCCUAAAGGUGCUAAAGGCUCACCUGUUAAUGCUUUGCAAAAUAAGAGAGCACCAAAACAAGCAGAGAGCUUUGAAGAUUUGAGGAGAGACGUCUUCAAUAUGUUCUGUUACCUUGGUCCUCACCUUUCUCAUGAUCCCAUUUUAUUUGCAAAAGUGGUGCGGAUAGGCAAGUCAUUUAUGAAAGAGUUUCAGUCUGAUGGAAGCAAACAAGAAGAUAAAGAGAAGACGGAAGUUAUCCUUAGCUGCUUGCUUAGCAUUACUGACCAGGUAUUACUUCCAUCUCUUUCUUUGAUGGACUGCAAUGCUUGUAUGUCUGAGGAACUGUGGGGAAUGUUUAAAACAUUUCCAUAUCAGCAUAGAUAUCGUCUGUAUGGCCAGUGGAAGAAUGAAACUUACAACAGUCAUCCACUUUUAGUAAAAGUUAAAGCUCAAACAAUAGACAGAGCCAAAUAUAUCAUGAAGCGUCUAACCAAGGAAAAUGUGAAGCCUUCUGGAAGACAAAUUGGGAAGUUGAGCCACAGCAAUCCAACCAUUUUGUUUGAUUAUGUAUGUUUUGAGAUCUUGUCACAAAUACAGAAGUAUGAUAACUUAAUAACACCUGUAGUAGAUUCAUUGAAAUACCUCACUUCGUUGAAUUAUGACGUCUUGGCCUAUUGUAUCAUUGAAGCUUUAGCUAAUCCAGAAAAGGAGAGAAUGAAACAUGACGACACAACCAUCUCAAGCUGGCUUCAGAGUCUGGCUAGUUUCUGUGGUGCAGUUUUUCGUAAAUAUCCAAUUGAUCUUGCUGGUCUUCUUCAAUAUGUGGCUAAUCAGCUAAAGGCAGGCAAAAGUUUUGACCUGCUUAUAUUGAAAGAAGUGGUACAAAAAAUGGCAGGAAUAGAAAUUACAGAAGAAAUGACAAUGGAGCAACUAGAGGCCAUGACUGGUGGAGAGCAACUAAAAGCUGAGGGUGGUUACUUUGGCCAGAUAAGAAACACUAAAAAAUCCUCCCAGAGAUUAAAGGAUGCACUAUUAGACCAUGAUCUUGCUCUUCCUCUCUGUUUGCUUAUGGCUCAGCAGAGGAAUGGGGUAAUCUUUCAGGAAGGUGGAGAGAAACAUUUGAAACUUGUGGGAAAGCUCUAUGAUCAGUGUCAUGAUACGCUGGUACAGUUUGGUGGGUUUUUAGCAUCUAAUCUAAGCACAGAAGAUUAUAUAAAGCGAGUGCCUUCAAUUGAUGUGCUCUGUAAUGAAUUUCACACACCCCAUGAUGCAGCAUUUUUCCUGUCUAGGCCAAUGUAUGCACACCAUAUUUCGUCAAAGUAUGAUGAACUUAAAAAAUCAGAGAAGGGAAGUAAACAGCAACAUAAAGUUCACAAGUACAUUACAUCAUGUGAAAUGGUGAUGGCUCCUGUCCAUGAAGCAGUGGUUUCCUUACAUGUUUCCAAAGUCUGGGACGACAUCAGCCCUCAAUUCUAUGCCACAUUCUGGUCAUUGACAAUGUAUGACCUUGCAGUUCCACAUACCAGCUAUGAACGGGAAGUCAAUAAACUUAAAGUCCAGAUGAAAGCAAUUGAUGACAAUCAGGAAAUGCCUCCAAAUAAAAAGAAAAAAGAGAAGGAGCGAUGUACUGCCCUUCAGGACAAGCUUCUUGAAGAAGAAAAGAAACAGAUGGAACAUGUACAGCGAGUGCUACAGAGACUGAAACUGGAAAAGGACAAUUGGCUUUUAGCAAAAUCUACCAAAAAUGAGACCAUCACAAAAUUUCUACAGCUGUGUAUAUUUCCUCGAUGUAUUUUUUCAGCAAUUGAUGCUGUUUACUGUGCUCGUUUUGUUGAAUUGGUACAUCAACAGAAAACUCCAAAUUUUUCCACACUUCUUUGCUAUGAUCGAGUUUUCUCUGAUAUAAUUUACACAGUUGCAAGCUGUACUGAAAAUGAAGCUAGUCGAUAUGGGAGAUUCCUUUGCUGCAUGUUAGAGACUGUGACCAGGUGGCACAGUGAUAGAGCCACAUAUGAAAAGGAAUGUGGAAAUUAUCCAGGAUUUCUUACUAUAUUACGGGCAACUGGUUUUGAUGGUGGAAAUAAAGCUGAUCAAUUAGACUAUGAAAAUUUUCGACACGUUGUACAUAAAUGGCAUUACAAACUAACCAAGGCAUCGGUACAUUGCCUUGAAACAGGCGAAUAUACUCACAUCAGGAAUAUCUUGAUUGUGCUAACAAAAAUACUUCCUUGGUACCCAAAAGUUUUGAAUCUGGGUCAGGCUUUGGAAAGAAGAGUGCAUAAAAUCUGCCAAGAGGAAAAAGAGAAGAGGCCAGAUCUAUAUGCAUUGGCUAUGGGCUACUCUGGGCAGUUGAAAAGUAGAAAGUCAUACAUGAUACCUGAAAAUGAGUUUCAUCACAAAGACCCCCCUCCGAGGAAUGCAGUUGCCAGUAUACAAAAUGGGCCUGGCGGUGGGCCUUCUUCAUCGUCAGUAGGAAGUGCAUCUAAAUCGGAUGAAAGCAGUACCGAGGAGACUGAUAAAUCAAGGGAGAGAUCUCAGUGUGGUGUGAAAGCAGUUAAUAAAGCUUCUAGUGCCACACCAAAAGGGAAUUCAAGCAAUGGAAAUAGUGGCUCUAACAGCAGCAAAGCUGUUAAAGAAAAUGACAAAGAAAAAGGGAAAGAGAAAGAAAAAGAGAAAAAAGAAAAGACUCCAGCUACUACUCCAGAGGCCCGAGUACUUGGUAAAGAUGGUAAAGAAAAACCGAAGGAAGAACGGCCAAGUAAAGAUGAAAAAGCAAGAGAGACGAAGGAAAGAACACCUAAGUCUGACAAAGAGAAAGAAAAAUUCAAGAAGGAAGAAAAAGCUAAAGAUGAGAAAUUCAAGACCACUGUCCCCAAUGUAGAAUCAAAGUCAACUCAAGAAAAGGAAAGAGAGAAGGAGCCAUCCAGAGAAAGAGAUAUAGCAAAGGAAAUGAAAUCAAAGGAAAAUGUUAAAGGAGGAGAGAAAACACCAGUUUCUGGGUCCUUGAAGUCACCUGUUCCCCGAUCAGAUAUUGCAGAGCCUGAAAGGGAACAAAAACGUCGCAAAAUUGAUACCCACCCUUCUCCAUCACAUUCCUCAACAGUAAAGGUUACAGCCAUACUUCCCAAAGUUCCUCUGGGUUCUGAGAACUAUGCCAGCUCACCUGUCAUCUCCAUUCAUUUUCUACAGGACAGUCUCAUCGAACUCAAGGAGUCUUCAGCAAAGCUCUACAUUAAUCAUACUCCUCCACCACUGUCCAAGAGUAAGGAGAGAGAAAUGGACAAGAAAGAUUUGGACAAGUCGAGGGAAAGAUCCAGAGAAAGAGAAAAAAAAGAUGAAAAGGACAGGAAAGAGCGGAAAAGGGAUCACUCAAACAAUGACCGAGAAGUGCCACCGGACUUAACCAAGAGGCGGAAAGAGGAAAAUGGAACAAUGGGGGUUUCAAAACACAAAAGUGAGAGUCCGUGUGAGUCUCCUUAUCCAAAUGAGAAAGACAAGGAAAAAAAUAAGUCAAAAUCUUCAGGCAAAGAAAAAGGCGGUGACUCAUUUAAAUCUGAAAAAAUGGAUAAAAUCUCCUCUGGUGGCAAAAAGGAGUCCAGGCAUGAUAAAGAAAAGAUAGAAAAGAAAGAGAAACGGGACAGUUCAGGAGGAAAGGAAGAGAAGAAACAUCAUAAGUCCUCGGACAAGCACAGAUAAUGAAGACUUUCAAUCAAGGGUAUGGACAGGCCCCUAAGCUGAAGGUCUCCCAGAGGAGGAUGCCACAGCUCCAUGCGUCACUCUCAGAACGAUAUCUCCUAUAAUUAAGAGCUUCUGGUGCUGUCCAUUUAACGGGAAUCUGCUUUAAAUCAGAAGAUGAAUACACACCACCAUCCUCUUGACGAGACAUUCCAAAGUCACUGAUUUUCAGAACAUUAUUUUCACCUCCAGGCAGUUUCUUGCAACAAGGUCCCUGUGUAUACAAUUUUUACUCGAGAUUCGCCAUCCAGAAGCAGCAUCUAAUGAAAUUUCACUAACUGUUUUAGUUCAUCCUUCUUUCUCAGAAAGGAGAGGAAAUCGCCUCCUGGAACCAGUUCCUUAAUCAUGUAGAUAGGCUGUAUUUGUGUGCGAACUUUGAUAAGUUUGACAAUAUUGGGAUGAUUAUAUUGCUUGAGGAUUUUGGCUUCUUGUAAAAAUUUUAAUUUCAGUUCCUGGGAAAGAUCAUCUUCACAUGUUUUAACAGCAAUAGCAGUUUUAUCCUUUAAUGUACCCUUAAAUGUGUCAUCAGAAUUUCCCUUGCCCAGUAAUUGUGACAUCUUCAUGAUUGAGAAUGCAUUUUUUAGUCUAAUUAUGAUCAUGCUGAUACCGUGAUUCUCUUUAUUGGAACAUUGACUUUUUUUGCAUUUAAAAAAAUUGAGAUGAAAUUCUUAUAAAAUAUGCCAUUUAAAAGUGGUUUUUAGUAUAUCCCUGUGUUGUACCCAUCACCAGUAAUUCCAGAACAUCUCCAUCACCCUCAGAAGAGACCCUGCAUCUGUUAGCAGUCACCCCCAAUUCUCUCCUUCCUGCAGCCCCUGGAAACAACUAAUGUAUUUUCUGUCUCUAUGGAUUUGCCUGUUUUGGACAUUUCAUAAAAAUGAAAUCAUGCAAUAUGUGGCCUUUUGUUAUAUGUGGCUUCUUUCACUUAGCAUCAUGUUUUCAAGGUUCAUCCAUGUUGUAGCAUGUAUCAGAACUUGAUUUCUUUUUAUAACUGAAUACUAUUCCAUUGUAUGGUUGUGUACCACAUUUUGUUUAUCCAUUCAUCAGUGAUGAACAGGAACAAUGAUUUUUAAGUAUUAAAACUGUAAGU